CUAGCAUCCAGGUACUGGAAACAAGGUAGAUUAGGAGAAGCCAAGGAAUUGGGGGUACUAGUUCUGGAGAUAAGUAAGGUGUUGGGGGAUGACCAUCCCGAUACGAUCCUCAGGAUGAAAAUCCUAGCAUCCAUAUCAAAAGAAGCCGAGGACUUGGAGUUGCGAGUUAUUAUAGAGAUUGAAAAGAACAUGGCUGGCGAGGAUACCACUGAUUUGGUAACUGGUAUGGAAAAGCCAGCCUUUACAUAG